CGUCACUAGGGGGAGAAAUAUAUGUUACUGUGGCCCGGUGGCCAUGUUGUUGUGGCCCAGACUGCGGUGUUUCCUCUCCUCUUCCCCCUGCCUGGGCCAGCAGAUCGCUGGGGGCUCCUGUCACUCAGACACUGUCUAUCAACCGGAUACCUCCCCCGAUACACAGGAACACACAGUAGUGAAGAAGACAUCUGGUGAGUGUGAGACACCCAGCAGCCAUCCCCGUGUAUCAGGAGGACUAAGCAGGACCCAGAGACCCAUCACGGUGCCUCCACCUCACUCACUGAUACAUGAGAGACACAAUGACCAGAAGAUCCUGCAACUCACCAACAAGAUCAUUCAGCUGCUGACUGGGGAGGAGGGGGAUUAUAUAGAGGAAUACAGGGGUCUGUACAAGGACGUGAUGAUGGAGAAUCACUGGCCCCUCACAUCACUGGAUGGACCCAGUAACAGAGAUACCCCAGAGAGAUGUCCCCGUCCCCUGUAUUCCCAGGAAUGUACAGAGGAGAAUUACAGGACCCCACAGGAGGAUCAGAGUGAAAACCUGACUAAUAUAAAGGCAGAAGAUAUAGAGGGAGAAGAAGAGAUGUAUGUGACUUAUAUAAAGGCAGAAGAUAUAGAGGGAGAAGAAGAGACAUAUGUGACUGAUAUAAAGGCAGAAGAUAUAGAGGGAGAAGAAGAGACGUAUGUGACUGAUAUAAAGGCAGAAGAUACAGAGGGAGAAGAAGAGACGUAUGUGACUGAUAUAAAGGGAGAAGAUACAGAGGGAGAAGAAGAGACGUAUGUGACUGAUAUGAAGGCAGAAGAUAUAGAGGGAGAAGAAGAGACGUAUGUGAGGGGUGAUCAGCAGUGUAAGGAGGAGGAGAUCCCUACAGAUAUCGGCACAGAUGGAUGUAAUACAAGGAACACCUCGGAGGGACAUCUCAUUUGGUCUCCAGAUUUUAAAUUAGAAGAGAAGAACAUUACACAAGGGUCUUCAGAAGAAAACCAGAUUACCUUAAAUAUACAUCCAGCAUUUCGCAGUGCAACUAUAUCAUCUGAUCCUUCUAUUCUUGAGGAAUUUCCACCUGGUUACUCACAUAGUACAUAUCAUAGCGGUGAUGCAAUCAUUUCCUCUUCUGAUUGCGGGAAUAGUUUUACACGUAAACUUGUUAGACAUGAGAGAAGUCACACAGGUGAGAAGCCAUUUACAUGUUCUGAGUGUGGGAAAUGUUUUACGCAGAAAUCAUCUCUUGUUACACAUCAGAGACGUCACACAGGUGAGAGGCCAUUUCCAUGUUCUCAGUGUGGGAAAUGUUUCACACAGAAAUCAGCUCUUGGUAGACACCAAAGAACUCAUACAGGUGAUAAACUAUUUACAUGUUCUCAGUGUGGGAAAUAUUUUACAAGCGAGUCAGGUCUUGUUAGACAUGAGAGAUGUCACACAGGUGAGAAACCAUUUCCAUGCCCUGUGUGUGGGAAAUGUUUUACAGAUAAAUCAUAUCUUGUUAGACAUCAGAGAAGUCACACAGGUGAGAGACCAUUUCCAUGUACUCAGUGUGGGAAAUGUUUUACACGGAAUUCACAUCUUGUUAGACAUCAGAGAUGUCACACAGGAAAGAAACAAUUUCCUUGUUCCCAGUGUGCAAAAUGUUUUACAAACAAAUCAGUUCUUGUUAGACAUGAAGCACGUCACAGACAAAUUGAGAAACAAUUUCCAUGUACUGAAUGUGGGAAAUGUUUCACUUUUAAAUCAGGUCUUUCUGUACAUCAGAGAAGUCACACAGGUGAGAGGCCAUUUUUGUGUUCUGACUGUGGGAAAUGUUUUACACGUAAGUCAGAUGUUGUUAUACAUAAGAGAAGUCACACAGGUGAGAGGCCAUUUCCAUGUUCUCAGUGUGGGAAAUGUUUUACACGGAAAUCACAUCUUGUUAGACAUCUGCGAUGUCACACAGGAGAGAAACCAUUUUCGUGCUCUGAGUGUGGGAAAUGUUUUACACUUAAAUCAGAUCUUGCUAGACACGAGAGACGUCACAGAGGGGAGUAGCAAUUUACAGGUUCUGAGUGUGGGAAAUAUUUUACACUUAAUUCAGAUCUUGUUGAUACGUAAGUAGAGAAGUCACACAUGUUCUUAGUGUUGGAAAAGUUUUAUACAGAAAUUUCAGCCAUCUUGUGCGUGUGCAGUUGCUACUCUGAGUAAGAAUUUACAACAGUUCAUGCCCCAUUGAAGCUUAGAAUCUAAAUUCCAUAUCGCACACCAGGUUCCAUUUUUGACAGAAGCUACUUAAUCUAGCAGUCUGCUUUUGAACUGUGCGGGAGGAAGCCAGAGUAACCCGUGGUAACCCCAUGCAAGUAUGGAGAGAGCAAAUAAACGCCACACAAAUAGGGUCUUGGUGGGAAUCACUCCUGAGACUUCAGUGCACUAAGACAUCAAUUCUAACCACUAUGCCACCAUGCAUAGUAAAAGUAGUGACUUUUGUAUCUAAUGAAAACACAUUGUACGGAGUGUACUCAGUAGUGGUGUAGGCAGUGGGAUCAAAAGCUUCCUCUAACAGAAAACCUGUCUCAAGUGGUGUCUCCAGGGUGAAAGGAGCUCAGCCUUAUCCAUUACUAGGAAAACAGGCUAAGAUGCCAUGCAGGCAAAACAAGGUAGGGGACAUUCCUGAGCCAGAGAGUGGGGCUACACUGCACAGGGUAUAGCUCUGGCCUGACUCCUGCAUGCACCAUGGUAGAUAGAAGGGGGAGGAGCAGCUGCAAGUUGACCACCACCCAGCCUGUAAUAUAAGGUUAGGGGGGGGUUACUGUUAUUGUUUUCUGUGUGCAGAUCUGUAUCUAACGCUAUGCAUACAUUAUAGCCUGCUUUGCGUGCGACCCUGCAUGUGUGAGAGCCUGCUGUGACCCUCUGCAUACCUUAACUAACAAUGGAUACAGCUCUUUGCUAGGCUGAAAGAACCUUCAUGAUAAUACAUCCUGUUCAUUAAGAACCAGUGACUUCACUAAGGGUGCAGCCUAUACAGUUACUAGGAACCAGUGACAUCACUGAGAGUGCAGCCUAUCCAGUCACUAGGAGCCAGUGACAUCACUGAGAGUGCAGCCUAUCUAUUCACUAGGAACCAAUGACAUCUCUGAGAGUGCAGCCUAUCCAGUCACUAGGAAGUAGUUACAUCACUGAGAGUGCAGCCUAUCCAGUUACUAGGAGCCAGUGACAUCACUGAGAGUGCAGCCUAUCCAGUUACUAGGUGCCAGUGACAUCACUGAGAGUGCAGCCUACCCAGUCACUAGGAACCAAUGACAUUGCUGAGAGUGCAGCCUAUCCAGUUACUAGGAACCAGUGACAUCGUUGAGAGUGCAGCUUAUCCAGUUACUAGGAGCCAGUGACAUCACUGAGAGUGCAGCCUAUCCAGUUACUAGGUGCCAGUGACAUCACUGAGAGUGCAGCCUACCCAGUCACUAGGAACCAAUGACAUUGCUGAGAGUGCAGCCUAUCCAGUUACUAGGAACCAGUGACAUCGUUGAGAGUGCAGCUUAUCCAGUCACUAGGAGCCAGUGACAUCACUGAGAGUGCAGCCUAUCCAGUCACUAGGUGCCAGUGACAUCACUGAGAGUGCAGCCUACCCAGUCACUAGGGACCAAUGACAUCGCUGAGGUAUUAUGAAAACAUUGCUGUGGUAUAAAUAAUGCACCCACAGUAGCCGCCUGCGCUGUGUGUUGGUGACUGUGCUGUAAGUGAUGUGAUGCUGGGAUCUAUGUAACACCUUGUACAUUAGACUAUUUGUAUAUUAUAUGUGUAGUUGCCAUUUCUCUGACGUCCUAGUGGAUGCUGGGAACUCCAUAAGGAC